AUGGACUUCCUUAAAUCCGCGAUCGGCUCCGCCAUUGCGAAAGGUGGUGGUCUUCCCUUCUCCCUGGGCGACAAAGUGGACAUUGGCGACUCUGUUUGGAGCCUGCACAACGCCACCAAAAGGGAUGACGGCUCUGAUUGUAGCGUCUUUGUCUUCCAUAUCGAUGCCAACCGAUCGCGACUGCCCCUAGCUAAAAAUGCUAUGCACAAGUCCCGGACUUUGCGCCACCCGGGUGUGAUCAAGGUCUUGGAUACUAUCGAGAAUGAGCAAUACCUGUACAUCAUCACGGAGCGACUUGUGCCUUUGAGCUGGCCGGUCAAGAGACGAAGCUUGAGCGAGGAAACAGCCAAAUGGGGACUAUACACCGUGGCGAGCACCAUCAAUUUUAUCAACGCCCACGCUUCUUCUGUCCAUGGAGUUGUGCGUGCAUCCUCGGUGUUUAUCAGUCAGAGUGGUGAAUGGAAGCUUGGAGGCUUCGACAUCUUGAGCUCCAUGAAGGAGGACGAUGCAAUUAUUUACACCUACGGUAGCAUUGUGCCUGAUGCCGCUCGCUACACCCCUCCAGAGGUCGUCAAAGGCGGCUGGGAGGUCAUUAAACAAAACCCCCUGGCAGCUGUCGAUGCUUAUGGUUUGGCUAUUCUCAUAUUUGAGGUAUUCAACGGCAGCUUUUCAGGCGGCGAUCAAGUCGGCAGGACGACAAACAUUCCUACGAGCAUGCACCAAAGCUACAAGCGACUUUGCACCGCAAACCCAAAGUUCAGAUUGAGCCCUGGCCAUUUCGUUGAACAGGGAAAGAAACAUGGGGGUUUCUUCCAAACUCCACUCAUUCGGAUGACCGAGGAUAUUGAUAAACUGGGGCUCAUGGAUGAAGCUGAGCGGGAAAAUUUCAUUAAUGAACUUGAUCAACUGCCAGAAGAGUUUCCAGAGGAUUUCUUCAAGAUGAGAGUCCUCCCAGAGCUGCUCAAGAGUGUCGAGUUCGGCGGUGGCGGCCCCAAAGUUCUGAGUGCAACUUUGAAGAUUGGCGCGAAGCUCUCAGCAGAAGAGUUCAACGCGAAGAUGACCCCCGUUAUCGUGCGUCUGUUCGGCAACCCUGACCGUGCGUUGCGGGUCUGUCUCCUGGACAACUUGCCCUUGAUGAUCGAUAGCCUUCCUAAGAAGAUCGUCAGCGAUAAAAUCUUCCCUCAAAUGACUUCUGGUUUCACCGACCUCGCCCCGGUGGUGCGGGAGCAGACCGUGAAAGCCGUCGUUCCUAUCAUCACCAAACUGAGUGAUAGGGUUAUUAAUGGAGAGCUGCUGAAACUUCUGGCGCGCACCGCUAGGGAUGAACAACCUGGUAUUCGGACCAAUACCGCAAUCUGCCUUGGUCGAAUUGCCAAGAAUCUAGGAGCAGGUGAUCGCGCCAAGGUGCUCAUCGCAGCCUUCACCAGAUCCAUGAAAGAUCCAUUUGAGCACGCCCGAGCUGCAGGACUCUUAGCGUUCUCUGCUACGAUCGACAUAUACAAGGACGAUGAUUGCGCCCAAAGGAUCCUACCAGCAAUCUGUCCUUUGCUCAUGGAUACUGAAAAGUUGAUCCGUGACCAAGCCAAUAAGACGUUUGAUGUGUAUCUCAGGCGCAUUCGGAAGUCCGCUGCCACUAUGCCGGACACCGUGAUACCCCCCAGUGCACGGGCAGAAGCCCCCAGCCGACCCGAGCCUCGAGCCGGAGCAGCAGGCGAACACUCCUGGGCCGGAUGGGCCAUUUCCUCCUUCACCAACAAAAUCGCAACCGCCAGUGGAGCCAUUGAGCCCACGGCCACCAGCGCACAGCCGGCAGAUGUCGAGACUGCCCGCCCUGCCUCAGCUCCUCGCCCCACCCAACCAUCUACAUCUACAACCACCGAGCUACACAAACAAGCUCUCAGCCCCACCGCCCAGCCCUUGAACCGGUCGCACUCGGAUCGCCCCCCUCUGGUGCCUUACCACGACGAUCCAGAGGAGGAUGCCGACGACGUCUUUGAGGCCUGGGGUGCCAUGGACGACGACGAGGCAGAGCCCGACCCGUUCACGGCAACAACCGCCUCCCCCGCUCUUUCAUCGAGCAAAGCCGGGGCGGUGCCCUUCGACGACGGCGGCGAGCCGGACUUCGCAGGCUGGUUAGCCGCGAAGUCCGGCGCCGCGAAGAAACCCUUGCCAAAGGGGUUGAGCAAGGCCGCGUCUACCAACACGGUGGCCACGCGCUCGUCGGUGGCUUCGGCCAAGCCGCGGGCGGUUGUCGUUCCCAAGAAGAUCGACACCAAGCCCAAGGAGGAGCCGGAGGACGACUGGGGUGACGCGUGGGACUAA